CCUUCAACGCGGUUAGGAGGAGGGUGGUGGCGGCGGCGGCGGCGGCGGCGAGGCUGAAGGAAAGGCUCGGAUUAUGGCCACGGCGGUGGGUCUCGUUGCCGCCUCUGUUGGGCACGGCAAGACCCGGACCUGCCGGCGCUGAGAAGGGAAAGGAGGCGAAGUCGCCGAAGUCGGGCACACUCCGUUUCCCAUCAUGGCUGAGCCGCCGGGCGGUAACGGCGCCGUUUCUCCUCCGGUCGGUUUGCCCCGAGAGGUCCGUGAGCAGCUUGCGGAGCUGGAGCUGGAGCUUUCGGAAGGAGAUAUUACCCAGAAGGGCUAUGAGAAGAAAAGGGCGAAAUUGUUGGCUCCAUAUUUCCCACAGACUCAAGGGAUUGAAACAGGUUUACAAAAAGAACCCCGCAAUCAGACACCAACUCCAUCUGCGGUUCCUGCACCAUCUUCAUCUAAAUAUCACCGAGGACGCUCUGGGGGAGCCAGAGACGAACGCUACCGGUCUGACAUCCAUACAGAGGCAGUGCAAGCUGCAUUGGCAAAACAUAAGGAACAGAAGAUGGCCCUGCCUAUGCCCACAAAAAGGCGCUCUACGUUUGUACAGUCUCCAGCUGAUGCCUGCACACCUCCAGACACAUCUUCUGCCUCCGAGGAUGAAGGUUCGCUCAGGCGCCAGGCUGCCCUAUCUGCUGCAUUGCAUCAGAGCUUACAGAAUGCUGAGUCAUGGAUCAACCGAUCUAUUCAGGGGUCAUCCACAUCUUCAUCAGCAUCUUCUACACUAUCCCAUGGAGAAGGCAAAGGGACCAGUGGGUCACUAGCUGAUGUAUUUGCCAAUACUCGAAUAGAGAAUUUUUCAGUUCCCCCGGAUGUUACUGCAACUACCUCCACACCUGCCUCUUCUGCACGCCCGUCUGCUAUUGACCUUCCUCCAUCGGGAAUAGUGAAGGGCAUGCACAAAUCAUCCAACCGGUCCAGCCUUAUGGACACAGCUGAUGGUGUCCCUGUAAAUAGCAGAGUCUCUACUAAAAUCCAGCAGCUACUUAAUACUCUGAAGCGACCUAAACGGCCACCUCUGAAGGAGUUCUUUGUGGAUGAUUUCGAAGAAAUUGUGGAAGUUCCACAGCCAGAUCCUAAUCAGCCCAGGCCUGAAGGGCGUCAGAUGACACCUGUGAAGGGAGAACCCUUGGGUGUAGUUUGCAAUUGGCCUCCUGCUUUAGAAGCAGCUCUGCAACGCUGGGGAACAACACAGGCCAAGUGCCCUUGUUUGACAGCCUUGGAUGUCUCUGGAAAACCUGUCUACACAUUGACGUAUGGCAAGCUGUGGAGCAGAAGCCUUAAGUUGGCAUAUACACUAUUGAACAAGCUGGGCACCAAAAACGAACCUGUAUUGAAACCCGGAGACAGGGUAGCCCUUGUUUAUCCCAAUAAUGACCCUGUCAUGUUCAUGGUGGCAUUCUAUGGCUGUUUGCUGGCUGAAGUCCUGCCAGUGCCGAUAGAGGUGCCUCUAACCCGAAAGGAUGCUGGUGGCCAGCAGAUUGGCUUUCUACUGGGUAGUUGUGGCAUUGCUUUGGCCCUCACCACUGAAGUUUGCCUGAAAGGACUCCCCAAAACACAAAAUGGAGAAAUUGUGCAAUUCAAGGGUUGGCCAAGGCUCAAGUGGGUGGUUACAGAUUCCAAGUACCUCUCCAAAACACCAAAGGAUUGGCAGCCCAACAUUUCAAAUGCAGGGACUGAGCCAGCUUAUAUUGAGUAUAAAACCAGCAAGGAGGGGAGCGUGAUGGGUGUAACUGUGUCCCGAAUUGCUCUCUUGUCUCAUUGUCAGGCUCUGUCUCAGGCAUGCAACUAUUCGGAAG